CUUCAAUGCUACAUACUCGCAUAAUAUGCAUAUUCUAUUCAUUAUUAUAAGUUAUAAGUUAUAACAAGUAUAGUAAACCAUUUUUCUGACUAAUUACGAUUUAUUAUGUUUGUAUAAAAGUAGAACUGAGAUACGAGUGUAUUCUGAACUUAGAACUGAACUUAUUAUUACUUAUUUGAGUUGACUUAAUGUCCGGAUUUUCAGAUUAGAAAUGGAUUGUAUAAUGCUGUUAUGGAAUGUUUAGUAUAACAUUGCCUUUUUAAUAAAAAAUGAUAAUACAUUUCUUAAUAAUUUGUUCAUGUUCGAAUUUGUUCCAUUAUUUUAUUAAUAUUAAUAUAAAUAUUAGUUUAAAGUUUUUAGAAUAAGUAAUAAUUAUGAUCAAGGCAAUUUUGGUGUUUAAUAAUUACGGAAAGCCAAGACUUUCUAAAUUCUAUCAAUAUUUUGUAAGUAAAUGAAGACAUGCAGCAGCAAAUUAUUAAGGAAACAUUUCAGUUGGUUUCCAAACGAGAUGACAAUGUUUGUAACUUUCUAGAAGGUGGAAGUCUUAUUGGAGGAUCAGAUUACAAACUGAUUUAUCGUCAUUAUGCUACACUAUAUUUCGUGUUUUGUGUGGAUUCGUCAGAAUCAGAACUUGGUAUUCUUGAUUUAAUUCAAGUAUUUGUUGAAACACUAGAUAAAUGUUUUGAAAAUGUUUGUGAGCUUGAUCUCAUAUUUCACGUCGACAAGAUUCAUUACAUUUUAAAUGAACUAGUAAUGGGUGGAAUGGUUUUAGAAACUAAUAUGACUGAAAUACUUUCGAGGAUAGAAGAACAAAACAAAUUGGAGAAACAAGAAGCUGGUCUUGCAGGUGCACCAUCUAGAGCUGUGUCUGCUAUGAAAAAUAUGAAUAUACCACAACAGUUGAAAGAUAUGAAACUUCCAGAUCUCCCUCAAGCCAUUAAGGAAUUAAAGUUCUGACAUUCAAGGAACAAAUUGGUUUGCUCUGAAGCCUAUCAUAACUAUACAAAUUGAGUAUGGAAGAAUGAACAAAUAUUUGUUAUUUGCUGAUUAGGACUAAAAUUUAAAUUUAGAAUAUCAUUGUUCAAUUCUGUUUUUGUUCUUGUAUAUUGUUAAAUUUAUUUUGGUACAGUGUAAAAUUUAAAUAGUUAACUGCCCAUGUCAAUAUUAUAUUUGAAUGUAUAUGA